UGAAAAAUGAAUUCAUCUAUAUCACGCCAUACUAAGCCUCCACAAAUUCAAAUGAAAUUAUCUGAAACAAAACAACAAGAAAAUGUACCAGUAAAUAAUUCACCAACGAUACUACAAUGUACACCUACAUCAUCGACACAAUCAGAAGCUGAUGAAGAAGUACGAAUAGUGUUUUUAGGUUCAGCUAAAGUUGGAAAGACUUCAAUCAUUCAACGUUUUCUCCAUAACCAUUUCGAAACAAAAUAUACACCAACCGUUGAGGACAUUCACUUGAAAAAGUUCAUAGUGCGUAAUCACAUAGUAAAACUUGUUUUAAUAGACACAGCUGGCAGUUAUGAUUUUCCAGCUAUGUUACGGUUAUGCAUAAGUAAAGCAAGUGCAUUUGUUAUUGUAUUUGCUCAUGAUAGCCUUGAUUCACUCGUACAAGCUGGUCAGCUAUUAUCACAAAUUAAAUCUCAACGUAAAGAUUAUGUCUCUCUAACUUCAAACUUAUCGCAUGAGCAAAGUGGAGAUUGUGUACCUAGCAUGAACAUGGCAUCACCAAUUACUGUUGUGUGUAAUAAGUCCGAUUUACCAAAUUCAUAUUCACAAAUCAGUGAAGGUGCCAUAAUGGAAUGGUUGCUUACAAAUGGUUUAAAGCCAUCACAAUUCGUAUAUGUUAGUGCUAAAACAAACGACUCAAUUAUGUCAAUAUUUGAAUCACUAUGGUUACAAAAUGAUGUGAGUAAGGCAAUAACGUUAGUUAAAUGGGAUGGUUCUAGACGAGCUAGUCUGAGUACUACCCAACAAGCCGGAAUAACUACUAGUACUGGCAGUAAUACAAUCAGUAAUACAUCGGGGAAUAUGUUGCCAACUGGAAUAAAAGAAACAGAUUUUUCUGCGCUCAGUGGUACUGUACCUAAUAAUACUGUCUCAUCGAAUGAUAGUAAUAUCAGUCCUAAUACUCUUAGUAAUGAAUUAUCUGAUGUGAGUAUAACUGAACGAAAGCAUUCAAAGUUUCGUCAAGGAAUCUUUCGUAAUAGUUUGCGUUUAAGUCGAAGAUCUAGUGGAAAGACAAACAAAUGUAAACCAGAUUUAGUUUAUCUAGAUUGUACAAUAUCUUAA